AUGGAAGACCUUGAGAGGGCUGGCCCUGUGGGCACAGGUCAACGAAGACCAUCACGGUCUCCUCGAAGUCAGAGGAGCCGCAGCGCGGACGUGGACUGUUUGAAGAAGUACACGGAGAGACGCGUGGAAGAGAGAAGGCACACGGAGAUCCCGGACACCAGCAAGCUGGAUCCAUCUCGAUGGAUCCCUCUCCCGAAAACGAUCGCGAAGAAGUCGCCGCAGCCGUCGCGCGACGAAGAGAAACGACGAUCCGUGUCGAUCGACGUGGACGAGAAACGUCGUUCGGUGUGCGUCGACGUCGAGGUCGAGAAACGACGCUCGGUGUCCGUGGACGUCGACGAGACCGCGUCGCCGGAUGCUAGCAAAACGAGCAUCGCCACGCCGAAGAAACUGUCUCCGACGAAGGAGGAGGAAACGAAAACCGUCGAUAAGAGAAACGAUAUACCGUCGACGGCUGCGCCCAGAACGACGCCGGGCAGGAGCCAUAGCACGGACGUCGGCCAUAUUAAGAACGAAAAGCUCGAGGAACGAAGGCACACGGAGUGCAGCGAUCCACGAACGAUCGCGACGAGGUGGCUACCGCGAAUUAACACCUCAAGGUUCCGCUACGACGCGUCAGCGUUCGCCAGGAUCAGCCACAGCGAAAUCACGAAAUACGCCGCGACCAGGUGGAUGACGUUCGUCAAGAAUCCGUCACCGAGUCCGCUACCGCGAAUGAACCCGGAAAGAAAGCCGUCGUCCUCGGCGGAUGCUAGUUCCGCGCCCGAGGACUCGCCGCAAAAAGACGCCAAGGGCGACUCGCCCAAGUGGGAACCGAUGCGAAAAUUCUCACCUGUGCCGGCAACGGGCGAGAGAAAUCAAGAUGACCCGGAUGCUAACCCAGAACAACCGACCACGAAACUGUCCCCUGACUCCAACGAGCAAUCAAACAGGCUGACCCAGCGUAUGCGGGAUCUUUACGAUUUCAAAACCGAGAACGAAUGGCCGAAAAGAGCGGCGAACGCUCGACGUCAGAAUAUGUGGAUCAGCAAGAGCAGCAGCGAAGAGGACAGAACCCUUCAGCCGGUUCGCAGAAAUAGCCAAGACUUGGAGUUCAACGACAGAGUAAACGUAAUUAAGCUGAGGGACACCAAGGUACAGUCGGAUCAUCAGAACCCCAAACCAUCACCGAAGAAGGAAGCACAGGCAGGUGGUACGGACCCAUCGAACAGAAAUUACGAGGAGCGUUUGAGGAAGUUCAACGAGAGGCUAAGAUACAGCGAGGACCUGGGUACAGCGAAACCGAAGAUAAAAGAGAGGAGGACCUACUCCGACGACUACGAGGAGAAGAAUCGUCGAGCAUCGACACGAUCUGCGCAAUCGAUGCAGUCGUCGCGCGCGGAGGAGAGACAAGACGAUCGACAGCAGGUGGAAAGGAAGAGACACUCGAACGCCAGCAAUAAGUCCGUGGGAAGUUACGCGGAGGUGAACCCGACGAAGAGGGAUUCGCGUACGAGCGACGCCAGCUACGCGAGCGUCGGCCUCGUCGCCGCGAAGAGGUCCAGCGUGGACUGCAAGAGCACCAGGAAAAUGGUGGAACUUCCGCCGCGUAGGGCAUUCAGCCAAACCGAGGAAAGACCUGCCUCCCCGGUGCCACCUAUAGAAUGGAACGACGAACGCUACGUGGCUGCUCGAAUGAAGCAACUCUCCGAGCGCCAGAAAAGGGACAGCACCAGAUACAAAGUGUACCUGACGUAAACGGGCGAACAAGUGUUCCUGAGACUCGGUGAACGUUUCCGGAUCAUCGUUACCCCCCUCCCUUUUUAGGACAGAAAAUAAGUACAGUGAGUGUUCGCGUCUCGAGGCUCUGGUGUACCCGGGACUGAUUCGCCUACAUGGUCCAAAGAUCCCCUAGCAGAAUUAUCAACCCCCUCGACACUUCCCGUAACCUUGAGUACUAUUGCAAGCAAGGAAGUUUUCUCUAGGGUCUUUACAGUCUGGUUGAGUCUAUGCCAGACCCAAAAGAACCUAGGCACAGAGAAAUUGCGUCCAUUGUUAUGAUAACGUGUUGCAUGUAGUCGUUGAAAGACCUCACGUCCUCGAAACGUUCCACUUUUUCCACGUUCGAUGUAAGACUUUUGAAUAUGUGUACGCCAGUGACAAGGGAGUUUAUAUAUCAGUGGUUUAUUCUUCGAUCGCGAUCGUGGUGAAUAUGUAAAUGUCUUUCAUGGGGUUCGAUUAAGUAUAUCGAGAGAUGUUUUGAUACCUUUUGAACUGUUGACGCACGAUGUUGAAGGUAUACUACGCCACGCCGUGUACGGCUGCAACUAAACGUUAUUUGCAAAA